AUGGUGAUGGUGAUGAUGACCGGUACGCGUAGAAUCGAGACCGAGGAGAGGAGCGCCGCUGGUAGUGAACCCGCCCUCGAAAUUGACAGCCGAGGGGAGGACACCCAUAAGGGGUUCAAAAGGAGGAAAAAAAAAAGAGGGAGAAAAAAAAAAAGACCAAAAAGUGGCCCCACGGGAGGUAAUGAGGAGGGUGUUUCCAACGAUCAGGCCGUACGCUCUGCCAACCCGACCGCUUCCCCCACCACCGCUGACCGCACAAAGGGGGAGAGCCCCAAAAGGGAAAAAUUCGACAUACAAAAGGUUAUCCAAAAUGAGGAGCACUUCCAACGCGCGGACGAAGUGAAGUACAAGGUGCACUACGCCAGGUGGAACCUGAGGGGAAAAAUAAACCUCCUGUACAGCAUAAUGAAAUCUUUACAUGACGCCAAUUUCUGGAAGCCAACAGAAAUACAGAAGCAGACCCUUGAGCACUCCAUAAACUUUAAGAAGGACGUAAUCGUAGUGUCCAAAACGGGAACGGGAAAAACGCUAACCUUCUGCAUACCCAUAUUAAACAAUAUAGUAAAAAAUAAAUUAAGGGAAUACAGAAAAAGGGGAAGUUGCGUUCCCAAACUUAGGUGCAUCAUACUAGUCCCCACAAGAGAACUAGCCAUUCAAAUUUUAAGCCACUUCAGCAACAUAAAUAAGUACACCCACAUUUACAUCGCAACAAUCAUUGGAGGAUUAAAUCUUAACAAACAGAAAAGAAUUAUUUCCAACAAACCAGAAAUCUUAGUUUGCACCCCGGGAAGAUUGAAGUACUUUUUACUCCUAAAUGAUAAGAUAAGCUAUUUGGAUAAAAUGAAACACGUCAGAUAUUUUGCAUGCGACGAAAUUGAUAAGAUGAUAGAAACGUCUUUCAUGAGGGACAUCAAUUUGAUUGCCAAGCAUUUGUACAAGUCCGUGGGGGAGAAGAAAAAAUUUAUUCAAACGUUUCUCCUUUCCGCUACUCUAGGGUUGUCAGUCCAUCUGCAAAAUGAACAUCUGGCCAAACUGUUAAAUUGUGUUACGAUUAGGAAAGAACAAUCUUGCAUCAUCAAUUUGGCUGAUGCCCAUUUGGAAGGCGACUCCUCCCGGGAAGGCGGAGGCAGCAUCCUCCCCGAUGGACUUUCCCUCAGUAUGGUCAAAUGCGAAAGGAAAAAGGUCCUACAAAAACUUUUUUACCUUCUCAAGCUGUAUUUCCUGAGCGGUUCAGCGGGCCACUCCCCAGAUGACCCCAACCAGUUAAACCGCAACAGUGACAGUGCUGAACAUGGGCAGGUAAAAAAAAUAGUCAUCUUUGUAAACACCAUCAAGGAAACGAAGGAGCUGAAUAGCAUAUUUAGAUUCUUAUUCUUCGACCAAGGGGUAGAGUCAUCUGUGCCAAAAAAAUACCGUUGCGACUUGUCGCUAAAGGAACGGAUAAACAUUUUCUCUAUACACUCCAAACAGUCUCUCAAGGAGCGCAUGCAAAGCAUUUCUAAAUUUUCUCAAUCGAUUAACCAUUCCGUUCUCUUCUGCACGGAUGUGCUAAGCAGUCCCUAUUGGCGUUACUAUGGGAACAUACGUCAUUAUUGA